UAAUACAUGGCCGUUAUCAUCAGUAUCAUCUUCCCUUCCUCCAUUGUCUAUGAGACUCUCUCUGUUCAUCAAAGCUUAGUGAUAAGAGGAAAGAUAGAAAGAAAAUAAGAAGCUUUUGGUUGUUAUGGAGGUUUCAGCAUCAACCAUUUGCAGAGGAUCCCCAUUUAUGUGCUAUGCUCCUGCUACAACAAAAAAUUCUGCUACUUUCUCACCUUUUCUUGUCAAAUCCAUGGCUACUCCGAAGCCCCCUCCUUCAGUGACUAAAAAGAAUUCAGGUACAGCCCCCAUAAAACUUCUCACAAGAAUGGAGCAGCUGAAACUGCUGAGCAAAGCAGAGAAAGCAGGGCUGUUAUCCGCAGCGGAGAAGUCCGGACUCUCCCUCUCAACAAUAGAGAAACUGGGACUCCUCUCAAAAGCAGAAGAGCUGGGUGUGUUAUCCGCCGCUACUGAUCCCGGAACUCCGGGAUCACUCUUAACCCUCAGCUUGGGCUUGCUCCUCCUGGGACCCUUGUUUGUUUACCUGGUGCCUGAGGAUAACCUCGGCGAGGUGGGAUUGCAAGUUGUAGUUGCCUUGCUCUCUGUAGUUGGUGGUUCUGCUGGUUUUGCUGCAUCAAGUUUUGUAUCCAACCUGCAGAAAUCAAAUUAAAUUUGAUGACCUUUUGUUUUUUUGCUACUUUGACUCAGCAUGUUUGUUCUUCAUUGUGCUUCAUCUGUUAUGAAGUUGUUUAUUUGUGCUAAAACACACAUAAAUAAGUGAACGCCCCAAAUGGUUAGAAAUUAUAACAUGUAACAAUCUAAGUGUCUCUACUCAGUAGGUUAAACUUUUGGAUUAAUGUGUUCAUUAAAAGAUCUGGUGCUAUUAUUAAGCUGGUUGGAUUUGAAAAGUUCAAAUUUGUUGGUGGAGAAUUCCAAUUGUUUAAAUUUUAGAAAGGAUGGAGGAUUUGGUUGUUGCGACGGAAAAGGGAAGAUAUCUACGACAAAUUGAACAUGAUAGGAGUUGUACAAUUUUCCAUUCUUGAGAUUGUAGUCCAUCCCCAACAAACGAAUUGCUGUUCCUAUCUCUUUCUUCUUUUCCUAUAAAAUUGCCUAUCAUAUCUCUCAUUUUUGUCUUUUCUAUUCCCUUAUCUCUUUGGAUGUCAGUAGAUUAUGAAGUUUUUUACCAGUUACACCAGAUUAUUGGAGGUGGAUACAGUGUCAGCAGCAGGGAUGAAGAAGAGGAAUGAAUCAUGAGUUAGUUAGUAGAAACUGUUAGAAGACAGUCAUUUGUAGUUGUACAGUUUGUUGAGACUUGAGAGUAAUCACAGUUCUGAUGUGUUAGUUGUAUGCUAAUUGUACAAAUGAACUAUAGUUACUAUAGCUGGUUUUAACAGUUUUCUGUUAA